AGACAAAUCAUGGUCUAGAGUUUGAAGAUUGCAAAGAGAAACCUAGUGAAGCGAGGUGUAUCCCAAAAUAACUUCUUUUGUCAGACUUGUCUGCAAGCAACAUUUCACUUGUGCAAAAGCCAAGGUCCAGGUUGCCUCAUCAUGGAAGCUGAAAAACUGUUCCUGCUUUUUUCUCUUAUAAUAUUGCUCCAUUUCUCAUCUUGUACAUCCCGAGAAUCCUUAAAGACCAACCAAACCAUUAAAGAAGGUGACCUUCUUAUCUCCAAAGGAGAUAUUUUCGCACUAGGAUUUUUCAGUCCUGGCAGUUCAACCAAUAGAUAUCUUGGAAUUUGGUACCAUAAAAUACCAGAACAAACUGUGGUGUGGGUUGCAAACAGGAACGAUCCAAUCAUUGGUUCCUCUGGAUUUCUCUUUAUAAACCAAUAUGGAAACCUCGUUCUCUAUGGUAACGAUGACCAAAAGCUUCCUGUGUGGUCUACAAAUGUUUCAGUGGAAGAAAAUGAUACUUGUGCAGCUCAGCUCUUGGAUUCAGGAAAUUUGAUAUUGGUCAGGAAAAGAAGCACAAAAACUGUAUGGCAAAGCUUCGAUUAUCCUACUAACAUAGGGCUACCUGGAAUGAAACUGGGGCUGGAUCGAAAAGUAGGAACUGAUCGGUUCCUAACAUCAUGGAGAUCAGCUGAUGACCCUGGAAUUGGAGACUUUUCAGUUAGGAUCAACCCAAAUGGCUCGCCACAAUACUUUUUCUAUAAUGGUACAAAGCCAAUUAGUAGAUCUCCCCCUUGGCCAUGGAGAAGUAAGACGGGCUUAUACAAAAUGGUUUUUGUAAGUGAUCCAGAUGAAAUAUACUGUGAAUUAACAGUUCCUGAUGGUUAUUAUCUAGUAACACUAAUAGUGGAUCAUUCAGGACUUCUAAAGAUGUUAACAUGGCGAGAAAGUGAUGGUCAGUGGAAGGAAUACUGGAAGUCCCCUCAGUUACAGUGCGACUAUUAUGGAUACUGUGGUGCUUAUAGUACGUGUGAACUUGCCACUUAUAAUACAUUUGGAUGUGCCUGUUUACCUGGGUUCGAGCCCAAGUACCCAAUGGAAUGGUCUAUGAGAGAUGGGUCCGGUGGUUGUGUUAGGAAGCGGCUACUGACAUCUUCGGUGUGCGAUCAUGGAGAAGGGUUUGUGAAGGUGGAAAAUGUACUUCUUCCGGACACUUCAGCUGCAGCUUGGGUGGACAUGAGCAGGAGUCGUGCAGACUGUGAAGUGGAAUGCAAGAGGAAUUGUUCAUGCUCUGCAUACGCAGUCAUUGUGAUUCCUGGAAAAGGGGAUGGUUGUUUGAAUUGGUACAACGAAUUAGUAGACAUUAGAUAUGAUAGGAGGAGUGAAAGUCAUGAUCUGUAUGUUCGUGUUGAUGCAUAUGAAUUAGGUGCCGAAGGGGACAGCCUUUGCCAUAUGUCUUGCCAUGUUUCCAUAGGAGAAGGGAGUGGUUUUUCGUCUGGAGUUAAUCGUUAUUGUUUUCAUUCUCAUGCAGCUGAUAAUAAAAGGAAGCUAAAUGGUUCUCGGGAAAAAACGAUGCUGGCCAUUUUAGCACCAUCAAUUGCAUUAUUGUUGUUUCUCAUUAGCCUAUCUUCUUAUUUGCGGCUCAAGAAGAGGGCAAAAAAAGGUACUGAGCUGCAGGCAAACAGCAAUUCUACUGAAUCGGAAUGUUUCAAGCUCAGCACCAUAAUGGCGGCCACAAACAAUUUCUCUCCAGCUAACGAACUCGGGCAAGGUGGUUUUGGCUCGGUUUAUAAGGGUCUGCUAGCUAAUGGACUGGAGGUUGCAAUAAAAAGGUUAUCUAGAAGUUCAGGACAAGGAACAGAAGAAUUUAGAAAUGAAGUUAUGGUAAUUGCAAAGCUUCAACACAGGAAUCUUGUUAAACUUCUAGGUUACUGCAAUCAGGAUGGAGAACAAAUCUUAAUCUAUGAAUACUUGCCGAACAAAAGCUUGGACUCGUUUCUUUUCCAUGAAAGCAGAAGAUUGUUAUUGGAUUGGCGGAAUCGCUUUGAUAUUAUUGUUGGAAUAGCUCGUGGGAUUUUAUAUCUUCACCAAGAUUCCAGGUUGAGAAUCAUUCACAGGGAUUUAAAAUGUAGCAACAUUCUACUGGAUGCAGAGAUGAACCCAAAAAUAUCAGAUUUCGGAAUGGCAAAAAUAUUUGAAGGCAACCAAACAGAAGAUAGGACCAGGAGAGUUGUAGGAACAUAG